AUGCCAGACGGGCUGCGGAGAGACCCGUCGGAUGAGCUGGGCUCCUUCGGCUCAUCCCACGAGAGGGGCUCACUGCCCCUGCCAAGCCUCGCGCUGCUGAUAAACCCCGGCCCUUCGCUUCCUCUCGCGACCAAGCAGUUCCUGGAGGAGAUCAACAAGUGGACAGGCCAGUACAAUGUGUCCCCGCUUUCCUGGAACGUGGCGGUCAAGUUCCUCAUGGCCCGCAAGUUCGAUGUCCUGCGGGCCAUCGAGCUCUUCCACUCCUACCGGGUAAGCGAGCGGGGCCGGGGCCAUCCUCAUGAGGAGCCGCUGCGCUCGGAGCUGCUCAGUGGCAAGUUCACCAUUCUGAGCGUGCGGGACCCCUCGGGAGCCUCCAUCGCCCUCUUCACGGCCAAGCUGCAUCACCCCAGCAAGAGCGUGCAGCACGUGGUGCUCCAAGCACUCUUCUACCUGCUGGACCGAGCAGUGGAGAGCUGGGAGAUGCAGAAGAACGGGCUGGUGUUCAUCUACGACAUGGCGGGUUCGCAGUACACCAACUUCGAGCUGGACCUCAGCAAGAAGAUCCUCAACCUGCUGAAGGGUGCCUUCCCGGCUCGGGUCAAGAAGGGUUUCAUUGUGGGAGCGCCCAUGUGGUUUCGCGUGCCCUACUCCAUCAUCAGCCUCCUGCUGAAGGAGAAGCUGCGGGAGCGGGUGCAGAUGGUGAAAAUGUCAGAGCUGAAGGAGCACCUGCCCCGGGAGUGCCUCCCCGAAUACCUCGGGGGGUCCCUCAAACUGGACCCUCUGAGCUGGAACUGCCGGUUCCUGCCCCAGCAGAACGGGCACCCCGACCCCCUGGAUGAGCUCAUCCUGGUGCCGCUGGUGGCCCCCAAAGAUAACGGCUCUGUCCACGUUCCCGGGCCCAAGUCCCUCACCCUCCAGGAGCUGCUGGAUCACGUCAGCCACAAGCAGAAACGGGGCAUCUACGAAGAGUACGAAGAUAUUCGACGCAGGAGCCCAGCUGGCACCUUCGUCUGCUCUUUGGCCCCCUACAACCAGGAGAAAAACCGGUACGGAGACGUGCCCUGCCUGGACCAAACGCCCGGGUGCAAGGCUGGCGAAGCCCUCACCGACUACAUCAACGCGAGCUUCAUGGACGGCUACAAGCAGAGAAACGCCUACAUCGGGACUCAGGGGCCUCUGGAAAACACCUACGGUGACUUCUGGCGCAUGGUGUGGGAGCAAAACGUCCUGGUGAUCGUAAUGACGACCCGGCUGGAGGAGGGAGGCAGGAGAAAGUGCGGCCAGUACUGGCCCCUGGAGAAGGAUUUCCAGGUGUGCUUUGGGGCCCUGACCAUCACCAACCUGGGUGUGGAGAACCUCAACCAUUACAAGAAAACCAUCCUGGAGAUCCACAGCUCGGAG